AUGUACGGGAAUAACGGCGCGCCGCAAGGUCAUGGCUAUUCACAGCGAGGCACGCCUGACAUGGUGCCGCAGGGUCCACCCCGUGGUAAGCGCAAGGCAUUGUUGAUUGGGAUCAACUACAAUGGCAAGCGCAGUCAGCUGAGUGGGUGUAUUAACGACGCACACAAUAUGGCCAACUUUAUCGCGCGGUUCGGAGGAUAUAGCCGCGACGAUAUGGUGAUCCUUACGGAUCAGCCUGGUGUGAAUAUGCGAUCGGUGCCGACGCGUGAAAACAUGACUGCGGCGAUGAACUGGCUGGUGCACGAUGCUGCCCCUGGCGACGCGCUUUUCUUCCACUACUCUGGCCACGGCGGCCAGGAGCGCGCUGUCGAGCCGGAUGAGGAGGAUGGGUACAACGAGACGAUCCUGCCGUUGGAUUAUGACCGCGCCGGUCAGAUUCCCGACGACGAACUGCACGCGCGAAUGGUGCGGCCACUGCCUGUUGGCUGCCGUCUUACCGCUCUGUUUGACUCGUGUCACUCUGGUACCGCGCUGGAUCUGCCCUACGUGUACAGCACCUCGGGCAAUGUGAAGGAGACAAAAGUAUCUGUGAAUGUCGGCAAAGGCAUUCUUGGUGCGGCGAUGAACUAUGCGCGCGGUGAUAUCGGUGGCAUGGUGUCGGGCCUUUUUACCACGUUCAAGUCUGCCACUGUGAACAACAACGCCGCGGAGUACACGCGCCAGACGCGUUCCUCCGGCGCAGACGUCAUCAUGCUCUCGGGAUGCAAAGACAGCCAAACGAGUGCAGACGCAACCGAGGCCGGCAAGGCCACGGGUGCGAUGAGCUGGGCGUUUAUUAAAGUCCUCUCCGAGUACAGGAACCUGUCCUACUUGCAACUGCUCAACGCUACUCGUGAUGCGCUUGCGAUGAAAUACUCGCAAAAGCCACAAAUGAGCACGUCGCACCCCGUCGACCUCAACUAUCAGUUUCCGGUGGAAUACGUCUAUGCACUCUAUAAUUUUGGUGCAGAGAACCCCGACGAAGUAAGCUUUAAAGUAGGAGAGCGCAUCUUGGUCGUCGAGAAAGACGAUGCAUACGGAGAUGGCUGGUUCCAAGGGACCAAUGCGCGCGGCGAGACGGGCCUUUUUCCCUUCUCCUACACGACCUAUGACGAGCUCGCCGCACAAAGGAUGCGCGAGGCAAACGCUGCACAGGCUUCCAGCGUGCAUACGGAGCCGCGUAGCGCUGUUUCGGAAAGCGCCGGAGAACAGGCACCGAUUGUGCCGACGGUUGCCAUGGCUGCCACAACGAUCCAGAGCGAUGCCGCGCCCGACGAGGAAGGUGUGAUGCGCUCCACAAUGGCAGAUAUUGACAAUGCGAUCACGGAGCUGCAUUCCGCUGACACCUCGGCGCCCGAGGGCGAUGUUGAGGACGAGGAGCGCGAAGGCGAGCACAACUUUGCGGCGCGCGCCAAAGCCCGCGCUGCGCUAGCUAGGAAUGCCCGUGAGAGUCUCAUGCUUGCAUCCCAGGAACAGCGUGGACCUUGGACUGGCCGUGAUACGUAUGAAGAUGGGCAGAAUCGCCCCAGCUUUGUAACAGGGGCGCAUAUGAGCAUGGGGAGCAUGCCUGGUGUCACUCCGCUGGCGUACCUCGAAAUGAGCGACGAGAGCGAGGACGAAGGCGAGGGGGAAGUGAUUAAAUCGGCUACGCCCCCUCCAACGCACGCGAAAAACUCGCAGAUGGAUACGCUUCCCGAGGAGCGCCCGUAUGAAGCGACGCAGACUGUGUGGGCAGCGCCGAGCAUCGACAAUUCUAUCCAGCCUACGGAUGGUGGUGUAGAUGCAAGCUCUUUGCGUCGCUCUGCGGUUGUCGUCGCCACGAUCGGUACGCCCAGCAACAAGGCUGUUGUGCCAGUGACGCCGACAGGCAAUGAGCGUGGGAGCCAGUUUGGCACGCCUGACAUGACGCCCGACGAAUCGAGAACCUUGCCGGGCGGUUUUGUCUUUUCCCCGACGUCCUCGACGCGGAGGCAGCUGUCACCGAGCGUGGAGGACGAAAUGGCGAAUGCGCUUGAGCCUCGUGCGCCUGGGACGACUGUCGAGCCUGCUGCGCCUGUGACGCCUGUCGAGCCUGUUGCACCUGUGACGCCUGUGACGCCUGUGACGCCUGUGACGCCUGUUGAGCCCGUUAUUCCGCCCGUCGUCCCGGCCGUCCCGAGAGAGUAUGCCCUCCCCAUGGAGACGCGCACUGCACCUGCUCCCCCCAUCGAAGUGGUCCCAGCCAUCGAUAUGCGCCCAGCGCAACCGCCCAUCGAAGCUGCGCCGUCCAUGGCCAAUGUAGCACCGCUGGCUACUUUGCCCCGUAUCCCUCCAACAACCAAAAAGAGCGACCCCACCCAGUGGACGGUAGAAGAAGUUGUUGCGUGGGCCGAAAGCAAAGGCUACGACUCGUUUAUUUUGGAAAAGCUAGCCGAGCAUGAAAUCAGCGGCGAUGCAUUGCUUGCCAUGGAUAUCAACCUUCUGAAAGAAAUUGAUAUCACUGCCUUUGGCCGUCGAUUCCACCUCAUGAAUGGAAUCAAGGAGCUUGGUGCUCUCUCAGGAGCUUCAGCACACGCGUACGAUGCACUACAAACUCCGCCGACGUCGUCGUCGCCUGUUGCCGUGCCGGAGCCUGAAAUCCCGCGCGACUCUACCUCGGCGUCUUUGUGGGAGCCGACGAUGCAGCCACAGCGCUUGGCAAGCGUUGUGCCGCUGCAUAUGCAGUCUGCGCCGCCAGUGCAGACCCACUUUGGUGGCCUGGCCGAGCCCAUGGCCAGUCCAAUGAGCCUGGCGCCUGUAGCACAGGCCAACGUGCCCUAUUUGCCAGCCACACGCGGCACAACAGCGCUGCCCAUGGCCCAGCGCUCGUAUACGCCCGAGCUUGCCUCUCCUUCGGUACCCUCCACGCCGUCGUUUCCCCCGGUGCAGUCCGCUGUGCCCCAGCCUAUCCAAACGACGCCAGCCCAACUCAUGGAACGCAAACCGCGGAUUGCGCCGCCCGUGCCCCAGCCCACGCUCGCCGCGCCGCCUGCGACGCAGAGCACGCCUGCCAAGUCGCCCAACCGUGUCAGUGUUCUCAAGCCAUUUAGUGCUGGCCGUCGUUCGCAGCUGCUCAGUAUGGGCGGCAUCUUUGCGCGCAAAUCCCCCCGCGAUCCCGGCACAGAUGUCUUUUCGUCCCCCAGGAAAGAGCAAAUUUCGCUGCCCACCUCAAACAAUCGAUUCGAGACGCCGCUGCCCAUGGACAAGAUGCGUGUAGACAAGGCAUAUGCAGAGGUGCAGCCCACCAUAUCGACGAGUGUCAUUGCCAAGAUUGGUCCGGUUGACAUGCAAGGCUGGAUCAAGAAGAAGGGCGAGCGGUAUAAUACGUGGAACACGCGCUAUCUCGCGCUCAAAGACCACGAUGUGUUUAUUUUGCGCGAUGCCAACGCGGUAAAAGUCAAGGGCCACAUCAAUAUGCAGGGCUACAAGCUCGUUGCGGAUGAGCAUACCAACCCCGGCAAGUACGGCUUCAAAAUUGUACAUGAAAGCCAGCGUACGCACUACUUUAGCAUGGACGACCCCACGGUCCUACGGCUGUGGAUGAAGGCGAUGAUGAAAGCGUCCAUCGAUCGCGACCACUCGCAGCCCGUCAUCUCCUCGUACAGUAACGCGACUAUUUCUCUGGAGGAGGCGCGCCGUAGGAAACCGAGGCCGCCAAGCCCCAACAGUCGCUUGCGUUUGCAGCGCGAGUAUGGCCAGAGCAACCGGGAGAACCACGCGGCUAUGGAACAGGAUGCGCUCAUGGGAUUAGAACAUGGAAAUGCUACGUAG